CCAAAUCCCCUCUCACACGCUAGACAGGCACGAUAAUCAGGCUGUGUUUUUAUAAAACACAGCUAAAGAACUGCUGAAAAAAAAAAAAUUAAAACCCAUCAACAAUGGCGGAUUUAGAGGCCACAGUAGUGAUUCCAAAGGUGAUCACAUUCCUCUCUUCUCUCCUCCAACAAGUAGCGGAAUCGAACGAUGUUACCCAUCAGCUAUACCCACAGAGGAUCUCGGUGUUCCAUGGCCUCACCAGGCCUAACAUAUCUAUUCAAAACUAUUUGGAAAGAAUCUUCAAGUACGCCAAUUGUAGUCCCUCCUGUUUCGUCGUUGCCUACGUUUAUCUUGAUCGCUUUGCCCAGAGACAGCUUUCUUUUCCCAUCAAUUCAUUCAAUGUUCAUAGGCUGCUUAUCACCAGCGUCUUGCUUUCUGUCAAGUUCUUGGAUGACAUAUAUUAUAAUAAUGCUUACUUUGCUAAAGUUGGAGGAAUCAGCACAGCAGAGAUGAAUCUUCUUGAAGUGGAUUUCUUGUUUGGUUUAGGGUUCCAAUUAAAUGUGACACCCACCACUUUCCACACUUACUGCUCCUACCUCCAGAGAGAGAUGUUGAUGCAAUGUCCUGAUCAAUUGGUAGACAAUUCUCUAAAUAUAUCAAGGCCCCUCAAAAUCCACUGUUGUUUAAAUGAAGAUGAAUCCACCCAUCAAAAGCAACUUGCUGUUUAGACCCUUUUUUAGGAUAGCUAGGAAAAUCUGGAUCAUUGAUGAUAAAGACAAAAAAGGGUAGAUUUUUAGCAAUAGUACUUUGUAGGGUGUUGUUCAUGUGGGACAUGAAAUUCUGCUUUGACAUCUAGUCAAAGCUCUCAUUUGGGUUUCCAUGAUUUGAACCUGGCAGUGUGCUUUUGGCACAUUUUUCACUCUGAUUAUGCUUCAGUUUUUAGUCGGCA